AUGUAUGAAUCGCAGAGGGAACCUCGUCGUCGAGGCCAUUCCCUGUUCCCACCGCGAACUUCAGCACAAAGUCUCAGAAGCCAGUACAGGGGGGUGAACCUGGCCCAGAUGAUGGAGGACUUUCGGAAGCAAGAUGACAUCUACAUCCCCGUGCCGCCGACGCCACCGCCGCAUGCCACCACCCCAGCCCGCCGGCGAUCGACCCGGUCACUACUACAGCCCAUGGUCCGCUUCGCCUCGCCUAUGGACGCCAUCACACCGAGACGUCGGUCAAAGACGCCCAUGGCAGCACCCAUUUCACGGCAGCAGACUCCUGCAUUCCCAUCCGCAGUGCCAGAAGAGGAAGAAGAGAUGCCUCCGGGCCCGUCCAAGGAGCCAUCGCCCAUCUCUGUCUACACGGACGCUACGGGAGACGAACACUCUGUCGAUCUGGACGGUUUCCCGAUGCCGCCUGAGUUCACGGAUAUGGAGUAUCUGACUCCUAUCCAGGAGACGGAGGACUGGGUUGAUGUGGAGGAGACGACGGGGAAGGUUUACGCCUUUGACCCCGCUCGUCCGUCUGGCGAUCACUCAAAAGACGACGACGGGUCUGAUCUGGAGACGCCGUUUUCUGACGAUUCUACGCUGAGGGGAGAAGAGCCGCCGCUCAGCGAGGCUUUUUAUGUGUACCAGUCAAAAUACACCGGCGAAGGUGUCCUUGGGGGCUUGCACUCAGCGGCUUUGGAGGUUGUCCAUGAUGCGAGGAGGAGGAGGCAGGCUCUCUUCAGGUGGCUGCAUGUACAACAAGACAUGAUGAACUUUGAUGAAUUCACGAAUGAAAUCUCGCGAUCACUCUCGGAGAACGAGCAAAACGACAUCCGGAAGCUUCUCUCCGAUGUGAGGAAGAACUACUCCAAGACAGUCAGAACCAGCCGGCAAACCACGGUAAAGCACAUGGAGCCGAGCUAUCUCCAACUUCCUCUACAAAAAGGGGAACAUGAGAAGGGGUCCACUCCCGGUAAGCGAGCAGUGACAUGGCUCUGUGUGCCCUACUUCUCUCUCGAGGACUACUCUGGAAUUCUGGCCACUGGGAACCCAGGGGCUUACCCGCCCCAGACUCUGUUGCAAGCAUCGUUCUCUCGAAAUUCUCAGAAGCGCGAUAUGCAACAAGCUACGCGGCAAAUCGGGAACGGCGACAAGAGUUCCUGCUUUCACAUUCGCCAGCUUUGGUGCAUCGUUCUCGACAACUCCCUUCUCAUCACCUGCGGUUCGAUGUCCGAGGCGGCCCUGCGAGGCGACAGUGUCAGCGUGAUAUCAGAGCCGGCGAAAGAUCUUUCUCACAGCGCAGAGUCUGGGCGGAUCCUCGUUCAACACGGGGAAUCGGUCUUGUGGUCUUUUCCACUCGAGGAGUGUCAGACCUGGUUCGCGUUCAUCGCCCACUUCGCCGACUUUUGGCCCAAGGCAGUACGCUUCCACUUCAACGGCCGUCAGCUGAGCGAAGCACUUUGCCAGCACAUCACGGAGAAAUGUCGUUGUUACGAUGGAAACCUGGUCGUGGGCAACAUUCGGUCCCAGCCCGGCGCCAGCCUUCAGCCGGCUCCCCUUUCACCCGGAAAACGGUUGAGCUAUCCGCCGGGACAUGGAAAAGCAAACGAGAGGUUUCACGUCUUCAGCUGGGCCGACGCACAUACCUCAAGCCCGGUCGAAGGCCCCAACUUUAUUGUCCUACAAAAGCAGCUUUCCGAAGUAGAGGAUUUCCUGACAGCCGAGACAAAUGGGCCGGAUCGGCGAGCUUACUUGGAUUCCGAGGCGUCUGGUCGAGACCAGGUCUACGCCUACCUUGAGCAGCAGGGGGCCGCCAUCCAGGAGUUGAAAAAUAAACCUUGGAAGAAGCAGGACUACGAAGACCGCGUUGACAUCUUCAACGCAGCCGACACUCUCUUCAGAUUUUUUCUGCCUCCGCUGUUUGACGGGCCGACAACUGAGCGGUUUUGGGGGGCUGUGAUGAACCUCGUCUGGGUGCCCGUAUCCGACUCGGCAGAUAGUGAACCUCAUCCUCACGGGCUCGACAAGAGACGACGCGACGCCAUCUUCGCCAACGCCCCAACGAUAAGAAAAGCUUUGCGACAAAUCGCCCUACCUGUCAUGGCUUUCAAGAGCAUCCUGUCUCACGCUGAACCUACCGACCGCCUGGAGAUCGAUGUGCCUAUUGACCUGAUCCGUGCUUGGCUUCAUCUGGUCAUGGGUCUGAUCUACGCCAGUCAUGGGACACACAUGUGGGAGGACCAUCUGGACGUGGCCGACUCUUUGGUGAAGAGCGGCAUGAAGCACAUCAUGGAACGCCUGUCAAAUCUUAAGCUCUUGGAACGCUCUUCCGUCCUCCCGCUAGAGGUCGUAUCCCUGAUCGGAUACGGACUCCUCUCCAACACGUCUGAAAAGUAUGCUGGUAUCAGCGACACAUACUCUGAGUAUCUCAGAGCUUUGGAGAACGAAGUUGCGAACGGGGCGUCAGACAUGACUUAUCAACAGCGAAUCAACUUUUUGCGUCAGGAAGUCACCGUGAUCAACCGCACGAUAGCUGCGCAAAACAGCAUUUUCAACUCUAUUCUGGCAUUUCGGGACGAAGGUUCAUCCACAACACCAAAGCACCGCCGUCUGAACGCGGUCCAGUACAGUGAGGCGAACAGACGGGAGGGUGCGUCCUUGCGGAAUCACCUGCGCAUGGCGAGGAACAGAUACGCCGAGGAUGGCGAGGCGGACGUUCUUCUGGCAUCCAUCGCUGAGGUGUCGGACUUUUACAAGCUUCCGUCCACGGAUGCUGCUGGCUUCAGGGAUCUCCUCGCCGCAGAGUGCACGCAACUGUUGGAGCGUCGGGCAAGAGACUUUGAUGAAUAUGCUGAGCAGGCUGAUGUCCUGGAGCAGACGAAUCUGAACAACGCAGCGGUGACGAAGGACCGGCAAGAGCAGGCCAUUUACGCUUUCACCAUUGUCACAAUCAUCUUUCUUCCCCUGAGCGCGGUGUCGAGCAUCUUCGGGAUGAACACGAGCGACAUCCGUGACAUGGAGGCCGGUCAGUGGCUCUACUGGGCCUCUGCGAUACCAGUCACCAUCCUGGUCAUCGUGCUCGGUCUGUGGUGGAUGGGAGAGCUAGGGCAUCUGUUCAACUGGAUGGCAAAUAAGUUUCGCCGCGAGGACAAUUUCGGAUCCGGAUUCUCUGCGCACGCUGGCAUCUCAGAGAAGUCAAAUCACCAUGACGCGAUGGAGGUGCGUGAGCUUCCCGCUGCGAGGGCGGCUGUGUACGCUCGACCGCCGUCAGCCAAACAGAACUUCAUGAGGCGGACGGUGAAGCUGGUUCGGUCAGAUGCAUCCUCACGAGAAUACUACGAAUACCACCACCACCACCGCCACCACUCCCACCACGGCGCAAAGAAGCGUCUCUAUCUCGAACCCCCCACCAACGGCGCCGUCACCGUCCGCACAAAGAAGACGACCUUCAUUCCCGCCCGCGAGCCGACCCCGCCGCCGGUCAUCGUCAGGCCCUGCACGCCCCCUCCUCCUCCCGUCGUCGAGCCUCUCCCUCCUCCGCCUCCGCCCGUCAUUGCGCUCCCUCCUCCUCCUCCACCACCGCCCCCCAUCGUCCUGCCGCCUGAGCCCGCGCCCAUCGAGGUCAUCGCCGUCGACGUGGAGCCGAGCGUCAAGAGCAGCAAGAGCAGCAAGUCCUCGCGCAGCAGCCGCAGCCGCAGCUGCAGCCACUCGCGCCACGGCAGCCGCGACCGCGAGAGGGACGUCAGGGAGGUAUACGUCGAGCGCGAGAAGCUCGUCCCCGUGCGCGUGCCGUACCCCGUCCCCGUCCCCGUCGAGCCACGCUACGAGACAUUCAGGUACGUCGAGGGGAGGCGGUACUCGCCGCCGCGCAUGCUGCCGCCGCCGCCCCCGCCGCCUGAGGAGGAGAGGAUGAGAGUCACCAUCUCGGACCGCAGGAGGGAGCGGGAGUAUAUUCACAGGCGGUGA